UUAUAGUGUGUGUAAAAUCGUAAAUUAAAAGUUACUAAACCCCUGUCACAUUUCAUUGUUUUAAAUGAAAUUUUUGUUACUUUAUGAAUUAAUUUGAUUUCUCAUAUUUUAAUUCUCGGAGUAAAUGAAAAAUUCAAUUAGUUCCAAAAAAGAGGAAUUUGGACGUGUGUAUAGAAUGAAUUAGAAAUGAUACAUGACAGUUAAUAUAGUUAUGUUUUCUAGCAUGUGGCAAACUCACUAAAAAUUACUAAACCCCUGUCACUUUUCAUUAUUUGUUUCAAAUGAAAUUUGUGGAUGAAUUUGAUUUGUUAGAUUCUAUUAAAUCAAAAACAUAAUUGGUUACAAAAAAAUAAAAAUAUCCACGUGUGGUAUUUAACAUAUUCAGUGAAAUCGAGCUUAAACAUCUUCCAGUUUCAUGAUAACUUUAAGUAUUUAUUAAGAAAUAGAAAAUAUAUUUUUUAUCUGUAUAAUUUAAUUAAUUUGUACAUUAUAUUGAAAUAAUUGUUAGUCUUAGAUAAGAUACUAACUACUGUAAUAACUCCGAUUAUGAUCAACAUGCUUUAAUUUUUACAGAUAAUUCAUAUGUGAACUAACCAAUUUUUCAAAAAAAUGUAUUCAUCAAUUUUAAAAUAUAUCUUAGCAUUAUAUAUAGGUUUCGCGAUUCUUAUUUCCGCGGAAAUAGAACCAAAAGAAGACGAUGCUAAACCUACAAACCUGGAGGCCGUUACUUCUCCAGGAAGUACAGCGAGUACGGAAAAUAUUGGAUUUCUUCACGGUUUCGUAGCUAGUCUUAGUGUUAUUUUAGUAUCUGAAAUUGGGGAUAAAACGUUUUUUAUAGCUGCUAUAAUGGCGAUGAGACAUCCGAGGUUGACGGUUUUUGCUGGGGCCAUAAGUGCUCUUGUUUUUAUGACUGUAUUAUCAGCCUUAUUUGGUUGGUUGGUGACUGUAAUACCUCGAGCAUAUACUUAUUACAUAAGUACAGCCCUUUUCGCUAUAUUCGGUCUAAAGAUGUUGUGGGAGGGAUACCACAUGAAGAAAGACGGUGGACGAGAAGAACUAGAAGAAGUUCAAAUGGAACUGAGACAGAGAGACGAGGAGCAUGACAGGGAAGGUGUUCCUGACGUAGAGAUAGGUGGUAAUAGAAGAAACAAAUCGGUUUGGUACGAAGUAUCACGGAUAUUUUUACAGGCUUUCACUUUAACGUUUUUGGCGGAAUGGGGGGAUAGGUCGCAAUUAACUACUAUUAUUUUAGGAGCUAGGGAGAAUGUAUAUGGUGUAAUAUUGGGCGGUGUGUUGGGGCAUACUGCUUGUACAGGAGUGGCUGUGUUAGGAGGUAGAAUGAUUGCUCAGAAGAUAUCCGUUAGGACUGUUACAAUUAUUGGUGGAGUAGUAUUUUUGGUAUUUGCGUUUUCAGCUUUAUUCUUCGACCCAAACGCAACAUAAAUAAUUUAUUUAAACAAUAUACGAUCAUUUUCUUAUUAUUUAUACAUCAUAAAAUAUAAUUACACCCCCCCCCCCACUCCUCUUCCGUUACAAAAUGAAAAUGAUCCCGUCAUAUUUAGGUAUUAAAAAUUGAUGUAAAAUAAUAUCAGUACGGCCCUGUACUGCAAUUUUGUAUAUUUGUGUAGAGCUAGUACUUAAUUUAGUUGAAUUUUUUUAAUUUAAUAAGCAAUUUAUUUUUUUUAACUUUAUCUCGUAAACCAAACAAAGAAAAAAGUAUUAAAACACAAGAAAAUAUAAUUUUAUUAUAUAUUUUGAAGCUUUUGUAAUUGAUUUUAAAUGAAAACUCUUUCGAAAAAAAAAACGAAAAAGUUGAUCGUCAUAAAUGACCCACCCUGUAACGUCGUUAUCGUUGACUAUAAACAAAAUACAAGCUGAGUAUGAUAAUCAAAGCUGUGACGUUACAAGAAUGGGUGGAGCUUUUAAAGUGUUGUUCUAUUCCCUCCUCCAUUUCACCACAGAACUAAUACUACACCGCUGGAUGUAGAGUUUUAUAAUUGUCAUUAGCUUAUUAUGUCAUGGAGCAGGAUCGGUACAAGGAGGAAAUAGGUUUAAAUCAACCAAAAGUAAUUUUAAUAAAAAAGUAUUUUUUAUAUUCAGUCUUUUAUUGAAAAUAUGUGAUAUCAUAUAGACGCCAUCUUCUUGCUAUCCUUUUAAAUGACAAUAUUUUCAGAGCAAAUCGCCGUUUUUAUUUCAUGAGUCGAAAGUUUAUUCAUAUUUCGAUAUUAUAGGUCAAAUUUCAAAAUAUUGUUGAAAGUGCGUUAUAUUGUAUUUAUUUUUUUGUGUAGAUAAAAUAAAAUUUCAAUAGAAAUAAAGUUUUUU